CUUUUGCCUCAGUCGGAAACAACCGCAACGAUCAAAAAAAAGUUAUCAGUGUUUCCAUAACUAAGGAGUUAGCAGUAAAAAAUAAAGCAGAAGUUUAGCCAAUCGAUAAAAAGAGAACAGACUCUGCCACGGAAAAAGGAAAAUUACGAAAAAGGGAAUCGCCAAGGCACAACGGUCUAUGGUGAUUAUCAUUACCGAUAAAAUAACGGUGCUUUUUCAUUGCUAAUCAUUGCGUUUCUUUCAUUUUGAAUUCAAUUUUGGGGGAAGAGGGAUAUUGUUAGGGUUUUGAAUUCGGAAUUAGAAGGGAAAGGAUGACGGAGGUGGUCGUCCACAUAUAUGAUGUGACGAAUAGUGGCUCCGAUAAGACCAACAACACAAUUGUUCAGAUCAACAAGUUUUUCAAAGACGGCAUCGGUCUUGGUGGUAUCUUCCAUAGCGCCGUUCAGGUUUAUGGAGAUGACGAGUGGUCAUUCGGGUUCUGUGAGCAAGGUACUGGAGUUUUUAGUUGUCCUGCUGGGAAAAAUCCAAUGUAUACAUACCGUGAAUGCAUUGUACUUGGAACCACAAACCACCCAAUUUUCAAAGUGAACCAGAUACUGAGAGAGCUUAGUAGAGAGUGGCCCGGACACUCAUACGAUUUAUUGGCAAAGAACUGCAAUCACUUUUGUGAUGAGUUUUGUGAAAGACUUGGUGUUCAAAAGCUUCCUGGUUGGGUGAACAGGUUUGCUCAUGCUGGUGAUGCUGCCGUUGAGAUAGCUGGAACUACUGCCUUUAGGCUGAGGCAAGCUAAAACAGAGAUUGUUACAGCUAGUAAAGUGGCAUAUAGGUUCUUUGCGGGAGUUGCUUCCAACAAUUCAGUUGCCCCGGAUUCUCCUAACUCUAGUCGGGGAACUCCUAGAUUUCAAGCUAAUUGGUUUAAAAAUUUUGUCACCACUGGUGCAAAACCAUCAAGUAGUUCAGAUUUGGAGAGUCACAGUGAAGAGGUGCUACAUCAGCAGCAGCAUCAUGGCACAGAGACCCCUCUGAGGCAGAACUCACGGCAGGACAGCUGAAAGGAAUUCCACCAUGCGCUAAUCCAUGUACUAGUUCAUGUUGUAGUCAGACACAAGGAACAUCGUUUCCCCCGCGUUCACUGUUAUGGUUGAUCACUCCUUGUUAUUCUCAAGAAAAUGCAAGCUUGUUGCUGCUGAUUUGUUGUGGAAUUAUGUAAAUCAUUUUGUUAUUCUGAUGAUGCUGCUUAAAUGUUAGAAAUUUGUUAUGGGAUUAUGUAAAUUUUUCUGCUCUUUUCUUGAUGCUGAAUUAAAUGUUAGAAGCUGGACGCCCAAACAACAUUAUUCUUAAUACCUUACCCGUUCUUUCUU